CGGUAUAAUCGCUUAUCGCUCCGUACCGAUCGCAACCAAAACAAAACGGUACCUGGAUAUUCUCGCCGCUACAUAAACCGAGCCUUUUUCCUCUUGGCUCCGUCUCAUUUGGAUUUUUCCAGUUUUGCAUCUUCGUAAUUUCUCGCAAGGCAUUUUUCUUCGACAUUUCUCAAUAAUCCAGCCAGAAUGUAUCGCAGCCAGUACGAUCGUGAUGAUGACAGCAACCGCUGGGGAAACAACCGUGACCACAAUGAGCGCUCCCGUGGAUACUCCCUAGGCGCCACGGAUCGCCACGACCGCCAACGCGACACCUACGGACGCAGCUCGUACGGUCAAGGUCAGCAGGGAUACGGCGCGGAUCGUGACCGUUCCUGCGGCUACGGCGGGGAUCACUACAACACGUCGCGCAGUGACUACGGCGCCCGCGGCGGUAACGGUGGCGACAGCUAUCUGUCACGCGGCAAUUACGGCGAUCAAUCGACUUCCCGGGGCGGUUACGGCGGCGACAGCCAGGGAUUGCGCGGCAACUACGGCGCUGAUUAUUCUGCUACCUCUCGGGGCGGUUACGGCGGCGACAGCCAGGGAUUGCGCGGCAACUACGGCGGUGAUUAUUCGGCGUCCCGGGGCGGUUACGGCGGCGACAGCUAUACCUCGCGUGGCGACAACUACGGCCGUUCGUACGGGGGAGCGGAGCAGUACGGACGCGGGAUCGGCGGGGGGAACGAGACGUACGGACGCCAUCAGAGCGGCUACGGACAGGAUUACGGACGCCAGGGCGGCUACGGCGGCGGCAGCAGCAGCUGGGACACCGGGCGCGGCAACCAGGGCAGCUACAGCCAGGGCAUUCAAGGAUACAGCCACAACCGCCACUGGUAGAGCGGAUUUUCCUGGGUGAAGGAGUCUCGUUCCCGGCCCGGUUUCACCGGUUCCUCAUAUGGCGUCGUCAUCGUUUUACCAUGCUUGAUCAUGCGUUGUGCGGCUGAAUUUUUUUUUACUAAUUUCUGUUGCGUUUUGGCAGUUGGUUGACGGUAGAAUUUACUAGUGUUCUCAAUUGGUGACAUUUUAAUUUAAUUGGACAUUUUUUUGCUGAAGAGUUUUGCGCUUAUAAUUGACUUGUUUGGAUCGAUGUGAUCGCCUAACUGUUGUCGAGAAGAAAUUAAAAUCAGUGUAAUAAA